AGACAAAACUUCACACUGUCACUCUGCCCUCCACCCGUGACCCAAAAGCCACCUGGCCUGCUCUAGAUUUUCUUGGGCUUUCUGUUUUGUCUCUUAAGAAAUGGCAUCAUAGGUGUUUCCAGUUUUUUAUUUUACAAGUUCAUGGUUAUGCAUGCAGUUAUAGAGAAACUCUUUGGUCUACAACUCUUGUUGGUCACAUGUUUUAUGCCUGAUGGUGGCUUUCGUAUUUUCCUUGUUUUCCUCGAUAUGGUAAAAAACCUUGUGGUUUGGAGGUGGAAAGUCCUUCCCACUAGACAAUUCCUCUCUUGUCGGCUUUAUAGUAUCCAUACUGAAUAGAAAAUGAUAAUUGCUGAACCUUAGUUUUGAUUGCCUCGUUUUCUUUGCACCUCAAUCACAUAGUUUAUUUUCAUGAUGAUUUUUUCUCAAGUCUCAAGCUACAUAGGAUUUACUUGGCAUUAUUACAUGAAGUAACCACUUUCUAAAGGUUCGUUUUGCCACCUGCUGCUAGUAGUUGCUCUCUGGUUGUCUAGCUAUCAAAAUGUAGUGGCUCUGCCUCUGUUACCUAAACCUUGGCAAGCCCCUUCCAUGUCUGAACUACCUAGCACACCUAACAGUGGAACUUUUCAGCCAAUUGACAUAUCACCCGCUAUGAUCCCCCAUUAUCCUUUUCCUGGAGAACCUUUGCCACCAAUGUACCCUUCCUUCCCAAAGACUUAUGACCCUGUCUUGACUGGAAGAUGCCCUGUAAAUUUCUCAGUCAUUUCGAGCAUCACAGGAAAAACAGCAUCUGAUUGUACUCAAUCUUUGUCUACAGUAGUAGGGAAUGUAAUAUGCUGCCCGCAGUUUAAUAGCUUACUCCACAUAUUCCAGGGAUUUUACAGCAACCGUUCUGAUACUUUAGUUUUACAAAAUGCGGUGGCUGAUGAUUGUUUUAAAGAUAUCAUCAGUAUACUAGCCAGCAGAGGAGCAAACAGCUCCUUAUCUAGCAUGUGUUCUGUAAAGUCGUCCAAUCUGACUGGCGGGUCUUGCCCCGUGAAGGACAUCAGUACCUUUGAGAAAGCAUUAAAUACAAGCAAACUGUUAGAUUCAUGCAUCACAGUUGAUCCUCUGAAAGAGUGCUGCAGGCCUGUUUGCCAGCCUGCAAUUUCUGAGGCUGCACUUCAGAUAUCUGGGAUAAAAACGGCUCUCAGUGAUAAGAAGAACAUAGUUGGAGCACCUAGUGAAAUUGACACUCUUAAUGAUUGUAAGGGAGUGGUCUAUUCAUGGAUUGCUAGGAAACUAAGGUUUGAGGAUGCCAAUACUGCAUUUCGGUUGUUGUCUUCCUGCAAAAUUAACAAAGCUUGUCCCCUGGAAUUCAAGCAGCCAUCUGAAGUGAUCAAUGCAUGCAGAAAUUUAGCUGCUCCAAGUCCUUCAUGUUGUAGCUCGUUAAAUGCUUACAUCACAGGGAUACAGAAGCAAAUGUUGAUCACAAAUCGGCAAGCAAUUUUGUGUGCUGCUGUAUUUGGUUCUAUGUUGCAGAAGGCUGGAGUUAUGACAAACGUUUAUGAGCUUUGUGAUGUUGACUUGAAAGAUUUUAGUCUCCAAGCGUAUGGGCAAGAAGCAGGGUGCUUGCUUCGAAGCUUGCCAGCAGAUCUGGUGUAUGACAAUUCAACAGGCUUCAGCUUUACUUGUGACUUAAAUGACAAUAUUGCUGCUCCAUGGCCUUCAUCAUCGUCGGUGACAUCCUUGUCUCUUUGUGCUCCUGAAAUGUCUUUGCCAGCUUUACCAACAUCACAGACAUUGGGCAUUUCUGGUUGUCACCUGGGUAGAGUGCAUUUCUUUGUGCCCACUCUUCUGUUUUUUGUUUCAGCAUUAUUGUACUGAAUAGAGCCCAUAGAUAGACAGACACUGGUGGCCAGAUCCGAUGUAUAUUUUUGAGUAUCCUCAUGUAUAGCUGCUGUAUUUUGCUUACUUAUUCGUGCUUUUGCGAUAGAGAUUGUCUGAAAAAUUGCAUGCAAUGUGCAAUUUAUUCUUCUGCU